AUUCUUCUCACUGUCAAGGGUUAUUCACUGCCCCGCCGUCAGAUAUCAACCCCUACGGCUGUCUCGGACAGAGCAUCAUCACAGCAGUGACUAGAUCAUCUCCAGCAAGGCUGGCAGCCCUAAUAAUCUUCAAAUGUCACCCAAUCUGGGUGCCGAGAUCCCGGUUCCUCCCAAAGUGGCAUCGACAUUAGAGCCUCUUCCCUACAAAAUGCCUAUAGCACCAACGGACCAGGAAGAAGCGCUUCAAAGCACAGGAGACAGCAAUAUGACCUCGGAUGUCAGGGCCAAGGAAGAUGGCAUAGCAUUCUGGACGAAGCACACCAAACCGGUUCUCAUAUCCCUUCUCAAAUCUGUUGGAGAUUACACUCCUGAGCAACAGAAUGCUCACCUCGAGUUUCUUGACAGCUACAUCGUUCCGAGCAUGGGUCGAGCGCCUAAAAAGGACCGCGCAAGAUCGCUCCUGACCCCAAAUGGCUCACCAUUCGAAACCAGUCUCAACAAUAGUGACAGCGGCAAGUCGUAUGUGCGCUUCUGCUAUGAGCCAGUAUUUCCAGGUUCAGAUGGUGUCACUGAAGAUCCCAUCCCAAGACUUGCUGAGAAGACAGGUGCUGAUCUCCGCUGGUUCAACCAAUUUGCCUCUGAGUUCUAUCCAUCGGAGGAAGAUGCUGUGAUUCUGGCGGGGAAGAUGCCGAAGGAUACUAUUCGCAUCCCCAAGGUGUUUCUGGCCUUUGACCUCAAAGAUGACAAGCAGACUAUGAAGGCAUAUUUCUACCCUGUGAUCAAGUGGAUGACAGUAAAGCAAAACUCGGAUAGAGCUGGGUUUGACCUCAUCCGACGGCUUGAUCCACUGGGACCGUCAUUCGGACCUGCCAUCGACAUGAUUGAGCGCUAUCAGAGCAAGUUGUACCAAGAUCCACCUCUAACUGUGGUUAUUGGUAUCGACUGCAUAAGUCCCGAACAAGGCGCUCGAGUCAAGAUCUACAUCGAACCCCAGUCCAACACCUGGGAAGCAGUGGUACAGCACGUCACUCUAGGAGGUCAAGUGACAGACAAAACGGCAAUGGAUGGUCUAUCAAUUCUUCGCGAUAUGUGGCAUAUCCUCAUAAACGAACCAGAGGAGAAAGAAUUUGAUGAGAAGUUCUCAAAGAAGAUCUUGGAAGCCAAGCCAGAUGUUAGCGGAGCAUGCUUUAGCUGGGAACUCAAGCCUGGCCAGGACAUUCCUGAGGUGAAGAUCUAUGUGCCUAUGAACCAGUACUUCAAGAACGACAAGGAUGCUACCGAAGCAAUGGAGAAAGUCUUUCGGAAGAGAGGAUGGGCUUGGGGCACAGAGGGCACAUAUAAGAAAAUUGUGUCUGAUGCAUAUGGGAACGAUGUUAUCGAUGAUACGAUUAAGACACCAACUGAGCAUACGUUUGUCUCAUUCAACUUCUCUCAGAAGAAGGGGGUGUACAUGACAACUUACGUAGCACCAUUUGUGAGGUUUCCUUAAACGGGUAGUGCAACGUUAGAGAAGCGUUAUUAAUAAGAAAUGGAAUUAAUGUCUUG